CUAUUAUUUCAAUGCAUUAAUGGAGUCGUGAACAGGUGCCAUGGAUUGGAAUAAUUGGAGCUCUCAAAAUUAAUAAAAGGCAUCGCCAUUGGUGUAAGAUCAUUCAUCAGCCUUCUUCAUUCUGAUCGUUUGAACCCACUUACUAAUUAGUGGUUAUAUAUCUUCUCUGGAGAGCUGUUGAUAUUUGGCAUCAAGAAUCACCAGAUUAAUCAAAUCUUCCUUCCGGCUCUGAAGGAUUCAUUAUCCACUAAUUAGCCCGCCGGCCGGCCGGCAAAUCAACAGAUCUUCAAUGGAAAAUCUUCUGGGUCUGCUCCGAGUUCACAUCCGCAGAGGCGUAAACCUUGCUGUUCGAGAUGUUAGAAGCAGCGAUCCAUAUGUUGUUCUCCGCAUGGGCAAACAAAAACUGAAGACUCGAGUAGUAAAGAAGAAUGUCAAUCCCGAGUGGAAUGAAGAUUUGACACUCUCUAUUGCAGACCCAAAUCUCCCAAUCAAGCUUGCCGUCUAUGAUAAGGACACGUUCAGCCCGGACGACAAAAUGGGGGAUGCAGAGUUCGAAAUCAAACCGUUCAUUGAAGCAGUGAAGAUGCGUUCGAAUGGCCUCCAAAAUGGAACUGUUCUUGCAAAGGUGAAAGCAACAAGGGAGAAUUGCUUGGCCGAAGAGAGCUGCAUCGUCUGGACAGACGACAAAGUUGUCCAGAACAUGUUUCUUAGGCUACGAAAUGUGGAGCGUGGUGAGGUUGACUUGCAGCUUGAAUGGAUCGAUAUUCCGGGUUCCAAGGCCUUGUAAUGUAGACUCCAUCUCCUUAGUGAUCAUCUUCUUGAGGUCUUUCUGGGGUGUGGAUUAAUGUAAGCAAGCUAGUCAAACCACCUAUUUUGUUUGUCUCAAUAUGUGACUAAGUUUAAUGGGAACAGAAUUUUUUAAAUGUCUCUGGCUGAUAAAAGGUGUAUAGUCAAGCAUGUGGAGCUCGUACUAAACUUCUGAAUAGUUGUUGAUUGAACGGUUGUUGAUUGAAUAAUGCAUUGAACUUGACACAAAUAAUAGAUCAUAUGAUAAAAAUAAAUAAUGAUCCAACUUAUAACAUGGGCUUAAAUUGAA